UCUCUCCAUGGGCUAUACACCCCUUUGGAGAUGAAGAACCCAAGAGUACAGACGCCACGACCGUCAGAUCAAAAGCUCCCACGAAACUCAACUAGCACGGCAACUACUGUCUGGGAGUAUGCCGUUCUUUUAUACCUUGCACUGAACUACCUACUCCGAGAUAACCCGCGACAUGUUCAGUAUCGCGAGAAAGUCAGACAAAGUGAACGGUCGACAUGGAGCACUCGUCACGAUCGACAGCCUUUCGAUCCACCAAAACAUCAAAGCAAAGCAGCGCAUCACAACGGCCUCAAAAGCGACAGAGUCAAACUCAGGCUAUCAAGUUCAUAAGAGAUCGCAGACGAUACCCACCCAGUCAUAUUUCCAACCCCAUAACAAGAGACGGGAUGGUCAUCAUGAUGAGCAUGUCUACCCUUUCACGACUGACCCGAAAAGUCCAAAUCUGAAUAUAUCGAGAGCACAAAAGAGCGAGGCAUGGGGCCGGAUAAGAGCCGUGUCCGAAUUGUCAGGCUAUCCUGCCAGUACUCACAAAUGGCAAGAUGGAGGAGAGAAGCGAGCAAAGAAAGUACGAUGGGGAGUGAUACAGACCCACCGGUUCGAGUCCGAGACUGCGGCAGAUGACAGAGACACAGCAAAUCAACACGACCCCUAGAAAGAACAGAAUCACAUUCAUGGCAGUCAUGUAGCCGACUAGGUGAGAAGAGGAGAAUACGCAAGAGAGGAAGUCUGGGCAUAUAUCAAGACGGAAGGUAAGC